UUGCCGUGCGUCGAGCAAGGCCAGCCUGCUGUUUAUCGUAGUUGGCUCCCGAGCAAGCCACCGCGCUCCGAGACGCGUCGACGUGCCUGCAUUGGAUCCCUCGCAAAUCAAGCGACUGUCCGCUUCGUCGGGUGGACGGCGCGUACACACACAUCCACGAAGCUGAGUUGCCCUGACCAAAUUUGCCUGGUAGAACGAACUGGACCCUUGCACACGUCGUGCCAGGGACUUUCUAGAAGUGCAGUACCUGCAAACCAAUCGAGCUGCGGGCACUGUACAGCUAUGCAACUCUUGCGCGAUCCGACAACAGGCAGUGGUCAUCAGGGGCCGAUUCGAGCGGAUAUUACUUUGGCACGUGCCUUCCAUCGUUCACUUGCUGCUGCGAUGAACUUGAUUGCUGGGCUGACUGUCGUCGCCGGGGCCGCCAUGGCGUCGGUCAACGAAUCGUCUCGCGAACUCCAAACGACGACCGCGCCGUUCUGCUGGCUCAACUCGUAUCCCCGCGGCAUUGGCCAAGUGCCGACCUCGUGCGCGGCAGGCCAAGAACGCAUUGCACUGUUGUGCUACCCGAAUUGCCCGACUGGGAUGUCUCGACAAGGCCUCGACUGCCACUCGAACUGUCCCGAUGGCUUCGACGACCAAGGGCUCUUUUGCCGCAUGAAGGAGUACGGCCGAGGCGCUGGGUACCCUUGGAAGUUUGGCGACGGUCUCAACGACAAUGGCAUGUUUCGACGCUGCGAAGGAGACCACGGCGCCGGCAAGUGCGAGAAGAGUGGAGCUGUUGUGUACCCAAAAUGCCGAGACGGAUACACCGCGUUUGGCUGCUGCAUUUGUCGCCCCAAUCCACCAAACUGCAACGAGUACGGACUGGCCGGCCGCUUCGACCUGUCCUGUGCAAAGAAAGUCAUCAUCGGCGAUCCCGAGUUGGGCACGUGUGCGUCGGAUGAAGAACGAAACGCUGGGCUUUGCUACAAGGUGUGCAAGACAGGUUUCUCUGGCGUUGGACCGGUCUGCUGGGGCCGUCCCCCUUCUGGUUGGGUCCGAUGUGGCAUGGGAGCCGCCACGACCUCGACUCAAUGUGCCGAAAUCAUCCGAGACCAGAUCAUGUCGGUCGGCGAGAUGGUGCUCAAUAUUUGCACGGCGUUCUCGUCAAGCUCAGCCAAGGCGCUCAAGGCCCCGGCCGACUCGGGGAACUUGGCCAAGCUCAAGAACGGCUGGAACUCCAUCAAGUCCAAGCCUGAAGUUCAAGACGCCAUCAAAGCGUACGACAACGCGAACCGUUUCAAGACGGGCUACCAGGCCAUCCAGGACCUCGAAGACGCCCGCACGACGGAAGACUACGUCCGCUUUGCUGCAACGAUCGCAUCUAUUUUAGAUCCCACGGGCGUCUCGGGGGUGAUUGCUGCGUACACGUACUCGACGUGCGACAAAGUUGCCCCCCAAGUCCAUUCCCGAAGCAUCCCCGACUUUUUGCAGUAAGCGAAGCGCUGCAGUUCGACUUCAACGUGUGCCGACAACAAAUAUUAUUUGUCAGAGGUAUUGGUGUGUGCGCAAGUGAGAAGCAAUAAAAUACUCCCU